CGCGAACUAGAUGAAAUAUAAGAUUUUAAAGUUAUUGUAACUUUCAAAAAUAUCAACCCUCCCCCAAUUCAAAAUGGCGGCAUCCACGGCAUCGAUUCUAUACCCACGAAUUGUCAAACAGACAGGUCAAGUUUGUAAUGCUGCGGUUUUGUUUCUACACGGAUCAGGCGAUACGGGAAACGGAGUUUCAGACUGGGUAAAAAUGGCCUCCAGGGGAGAGUUCCACUUUCCUCACGCAAAGGUGCUGUACCCAACAGCUCCAAUCAGACCAUAUACUCCAAUGGGUGGCGCUAUGAGUAAUGUUUGGUUCGACAGGAUGCAGAUCUCCCCAAACGUACCGGAGCAUGCGCAGUCAGUGGAAGCCAUGUGUGGCACCCUCUCAGACCUCAUCCAACAGGAAGUGGCCAACGCUAACUCAGUUAUUUUAGGUGGUUUCUCAAUGGGUGGAGCCAUGGCGUUGCACCUUGCCUACAGAUUUAACCGUGACGUGGCAGGAGUAUUCGCCCUAUCAUCAUUUAUAAAUAACGGGUCGGCCCUAUUCAAGGAGCUUGAAGCCCUUCCGGAUAAUUCCCAGCUACCUCCUUUGUUUUACUGUCAAGGCGAAAAGGAUGACCUGGCACUUCCGGUCUGGGCUGAGAACACGUUCGCUCAACUCUCGUCUCUCGGGGUCAAAGGUACAUUUACCAAAUACCCAAUUCACCACGAAUUAAAUAAAGCCGAGUUACUGUCACUUAAGACAUGGAUAAACGGGCUCAUUCCAGAGAGCUAAAUUCAGUGUAAACUAUCACUGGUGCUACAUACUAUGUCGUGAAAUGCUGAUUGAUUCAGAUCGGAAGUAAAACAAUGUUUUCAUAACCACCUUCGUAAAUAGUUAUUCAAGAUAAAUCCAUUAAAAUGUCUUCUCUGUACUGUCAUUGUUCCAGACAUGUCACAGUAAGAUAUAUAUUUUUCAACAUUGUUUUUAAACAUCACGGGAUUGGCAUGCGCUGUUGUGUAAUUCCGCAUUGGACUAUCGCACAAACAAAACCAUUUGUUGUUUUAAGGUGAUAACCCGAUAAUAUAAGAGUUAAUAGUCUAUGAAGUGCCAUUCAUUAUUAAACAAGAGUUACCUAAACUGUGUCAAUGGGCUUAUCUUGUCCAGGGCGGCCAUAUUGUACGGGUUGGCAUCACGUGGUCAUCAGUUGUCACAUGACCAGAGGCUAAUUAUAAUUUAAUAUGGACUUCACUGUUUAGCUAUUUAACCGAUAUGUAAGGAAUGACGGGUGAAACGCGUUUUGAAAUUAUCUGCAGGGCAGUUGGUUUGAUAGGGAUUAGUCUCCUAACAUGAGUCUUUGUGCCAACAUGUACAUACCUAUAAAUAUCGCCUGUUGGAACUUAGACACGUGUAUUACAUGUACUUAUGAAAUUCAAUAUAUUUUCAUUGAGGCGUUUACCAGGCGUGACGUUUCAACCUGUCAUCUUUUCAAAAUUUGUUUUGAUCUGUCGACGAUUUUGUUGAACUUCAUAUACACAUUUGUGAGAAAUAUCCUGGCUACAAAUAGGACGCAUGUUGUAACUUAUACUGUAGUUAAUGCAAUUUCUGUCCAGCGGAAGUACGAACCCUAGUGUUAACUUUCGUAACUGAGUAGGGAGACAACUCUUGAAGCACGUCGUUCAAUACUGUAUACAGUAGAGAGUAUAUAAUAAAUUAUCAAAUACCCUGAUAAUGAUAUGAAUUUUUUAAUUAUUUAUUUCCAAUUUAACAGACCCGGGGGUCCACUUACAGAAUGGAUAACAAAUACAACAUAAGUAUAAAAUAUCACAGUUCGCUAUGAAUGUAACACAGACAUAUAUGCACAAAAGUAUUGAACUAGUGGAAAAAAAUAUGCUGUAAUCGAACUUUGAACCCAGUGAGAGACAAAUAAAACAUAUCACAGUCUGUAGCAAGAUCAAAAGUAUUAAAAUUACAUUGAAUCCUGUUUAAAACACUAUACUUUCUAAUAUUUAUGCGACUUUUCUGACAGUUAAAAGUCAUUGUAGAGGACAACCAUACACCAAGAUCUUUCACGCACGUUUCAUUCUUCAGGUUCUCUCCAUUCAUACUAUAACUAAAAUCGAUACAUUUCUUUUUGUUUGUAAAAAUGAUCUGGCAGCACUUUUUCACAUUUACUUCCAUUUUCCACAACUUACACCAUUCAUACACUCUAUCUAUGGCACUCUGUAACUGUUCACAUUCGGACAACGUUCUUACACACUUAAAAAGCUUACUGUCGGCUGCAAACAUUAGGGUAUUAGAACAUUUUGCAAGACUUGUUGUGAACAUUUUAGGGUUUUUUUUUCACACGAACAUGGAUAUAUAGGCCUCUCGGUUUCACCUAACGUUUACUGUUCAACAGUGCCAAUAGGUCGAACAAAACAUAGAAACAAUUCUGAUGUAUAUACAAUAUUGCGUUUUGUAUUCAAAUUUUUAUUUAUGAUGAAUAUCUCUUGAAGGCUUAAUAAGAACAUGGCUGAUUCAGCAACACUAAUCGAGUGUUUAAGGAGGGAUACUUGUGACUUAGUUGGUCCAUUGUCUAGGUUUCACCUCACUGGUCAAAUGUUUAUUUUUAUUCCUGACGAUUUUUUUUACCUGAGAGACUGAGUCAGCUACCACAUUGCCAAAGACCAAAUGAUUUGUGAUCUAUGUACUAUUAUAUUUGAACAUUAUUGAUGCAUAUAUUUUUCUACAAAUUGUUGUUGUAGUUUUGUAUUUAAAUUUGCAGAGAUUUGUUUGCGAGACACUGUUAUAUACUGUACAGAACAAUGAUCGCACAGAGGUAAUUUGAGCUAGAAAUAUACAUAGAUCGCCGGGAUGUGUGUUGUCAACGGUUAUGAAAACACCCGUUUAUGUUCUUAAUCAAUACCGUUUGAAUUUAAAUAAAAUUGACAAAUUGAACAUGACUUUUGCAGUACCUAUCCCUGCAUGUCUCCCGUAGACGUCCGUGGACGUGGCAGUUUACGGAGUAAAUCGUUUAUUUUACAUUUUUUCAUCCAAGUGAAAAAAUUCCCUCUCGGCAUGUAUAUCUUUAUACUAAAAACUUCAGAUCUAAUAUACUUUUGAUGUUUAAGAUAUCUUUCAAACAUGACCAAGAAAAAUUAAAUAAUUAAUUAUAAUUAUCUUUUUAUUCAUCAAACAACAUGACUGCAAAUUUACAUUACAAAUAAACAAGAAAACAUGUACAUAGUUGACAGACAUAGAAUAUAAAGCAUCACAAUCAUAAUAUGCCAGAUUUUGGAUUUGUUAUUGUUGUGUUGUUGUUGUUUGUUUCUUGUUGUCUUUUACUAGAUAAUAGAUUUAUGAAGGUACAAGGCUCCUCACUGUCACAAUCGCUUGUAUUUGUAUAUUUGUUAUGUGUGUCUGUAUACUAUGUGACGUGUUGUUACUAUCUGUAUGGCGUAACGGAUGUUCCGUAGAGGGUGAGUGAGCGCGCACGAGCAGGAGCCAUGACACUGCUCUAACAGGCCGUGUCGACGGAUUUGAGGGUUUUUAACAUUAUACGGGCACAGACUGCAGAGAUGUGAAGCCAGAUGGUCAGAACCGCCUGAGUCGUAUUACAGGACCAGAUGCUGUCAUACUGGACUUCAGUAAAUAAAAACCCUGUGAUGAAGACAAGGCGCAGUUUGCCGAGUUAUGGAGACCCAGAUAGAUCUGACGACGGGUUCUCAUACGUCAGUGAUUGACAAUACAUGUACAUUCAUCAUUCGUACGAUGAUAGCAGCCGUCCGUGUAGGAGGCUGUGCAGACAGACACAAUAGUAUUUAGUCUGUGAUUUUCUUAUAGGAUAUUGCCACACGUGUGUAGAUAUCAGACAGACAGACUGGUGUCCUAUAUCUAUGACAAGAAUAUGCAGCUGAUCUCCACCUAGUGUUUUUCUGGAACAUAGGAGACAUGUGCAGAGACAUUUUGUUAAUUGUGUGUAAGAUGUGAGAGUGUGAUAUGAACGUUUGUAGUUAUCUUGCUGUAUUUUGUGUUGUGUUGUGUAUAUAAAUUUACUAUUUUUUGUACAUA